UAGAAUGUAUCGUCCUAAUUCCGUUCUAGAAAAAAUUAAUUGCGAGGAUUUAUAUUUGCAAUACGAAAAAUUAAUAAAAGACAAUAUUCUUAAUAUUCAAAGGCAAAGUUUUAACUUGAGGGAUUAUUUGUUACGUCGAAGAAAUGAGAUCGUCCAAAUUAUAAGGUUGCUUUUUUGAAUCAGAAAUCAUUUUGGACGUCCUGAUUAUGCUGGUAUGAUUAGCAUUGGAAUGUUCUCUGGCGUCGUUGGUGCUUUUGUUGGGACACCUGCUGACGUUGUACUUGUACGAAUGGUAGGCGAUAUUAAAUUAUCACCAGAAAAACGAAGAAAUUAUAAAAAUGUCAUAAGUGCUCUUGUUGAUAUAUGCCAAAAGGAAGGAAUUACAACAUUAUGGAGAGGUACUGCACCUUCUAUUGGAAGAGCAGCUAUUGUCAGUGGUGUACAAUUGGGCACAUAUAGUCGAUUGAAAUACGCGUUAAUAGACACUGGUUAUUUCGUAGAUAAUUCAUGGACGCAAUUUCUAGCAGCUAUUCUUUCCGGUUUUGUUGCGACUCUUACAUCUUUACCGUUAGACUUAGCGAAAACAAAAAUACAAAAUUGGGUGGGACCAAUGAAGCCCCCAGGCAUGAUCAAAAUAAUGAAGCAAACCAGUAAUCGAAAUGGCUUUUUAUCAUUGUGGCGAGGAUUUUUAGCUUACUAUACAAAGGCUUGUCCUACGGCAAUAAUUACUAUGCUAUUAGUUGAUCAAUUACAAGCAUUAUAUAUUCGUAUUUUUACUUGAAUUUUUAAUUAUAAAACACGUUGCAUUUAUGUAUAUUAUCACGCGAACGAAUUAAUUUAUCG